CCACCACCCCCUCCCGCUUCCCCCCCCAAACUUCUCCUCUUCUCCUCCGCCCCUUUCUAGGGUUUCCAUUUCGCCCUCCAUCCGGAUGGUUUGAUGGUGCGUGGAGGAGGGAAGGAAUUAUCUUUAUCUUCUUCAUCUUUCGAUUUUUCUGUCUUUGAAAUUUGAGGGGAUUUCUAUUUGGAGAUCGGAUUCUUGUCGUAAUUGAAGGGAUUUGGUUAGUUUCCUUGUCGAAAUCAGAGGAAAGAUCGGAUUUUUGCGGCCUCGAAGAUCCAGCGAGGAUUUGGAAGGAAAGGUCGAAUCGAUCUGUUUCUGGGCCUUUGUUUUCCUCGAUAAUUGUCUUCAGUCUUCCUCUUCUGCGGCUAUGGACACGGCCUCGCCCUACUGGUGCUACCGCUGCAGCCGCUUCGUCAGGGUCUGGCCGCACGACGCCGUCGUCUGCCCCCACUGCGACGGCGGAUUCCUCGAGGAGGUGGAGACCCCUCCGCGUUUCCCCACCGCCGGCGGCGAGUCUCGCAGGCGACGCUCCCCUGUCGCGGCGAGGUAUAUGGCGAACGAUGAUGGCGCCGCGCCCCCCUACCACCAGCACGCCGACCUUCGGUUCCGCCGCCACCGUCGCACCUCCGCGGGCGACCGCUCCCGCUUCAACCCGGUCAUCGUCCUCCGCGGCCCGUCCGCAGGUGGCGGCGGGGAUGCCGACCGCGCCCCUGCUGCCAGCUUCGAGUUCUACUACGACGACGGGGCGGGAUCCGGCCUCCGGCCCUUGCCCGAAAGCGUGUCGGAUUUCUUGAUGGGCUCGGGCUUCGAGCGGCUCCUGGAGCAGCUCACCCAAAUCGACAUCCGCGGUAUUGAUGGCGGCCGGGCGUGCGAGCACCCGCCCGCAUCGAAGGCUGCCAUCGAGUCGAUGCCCACCAUCGAGAUCGCCGCCGGCCAUGUCAAGAUGGACGCCCACUGCGCCGUCUGCAAGGAACCGUUCGAGCUCGGUACCGAGGCUCGGGAGAUGCCGUGCAAACAUAUAUACCAUCAAGAUUGCAUCUUGCCAUGGCUUUCGCUCCGGAACUCUUGCCCUGUGUGCCGCCAUGAGGUGCCUGCAGAUGUCCGUGGAAGGGGUGCGGCGGAGACGGACGGUGAUGAACAGGCUCCCAUGGGUGGGAACGCGGAGGAUUUGGUCGGCCUCACGAUAUGGAGGCUGCCGGGAGGUGGGUUUGCAAUCGGGAGGUUCUCAGGGGGGAGAAUAGCCGGGGAGCGGGAGCUUCCGGGAGUUUACACGGAGAUGGACGGUGGAUUCACCACCGGUGGUGCACCCAGAAGGAUCUCAUGGACCUCUAGAGGGAGUCCGACGAGGGAGAGAAGAGGAAUUGGUCGCGUAUUUCGCAAUUUCAUCUCAUUUUUUGGGCGCUUCCGCUCAUCUUCGUCCGCUUCUUCAAGAUCGAGUUCAGAUUCUGGUUCCCUGUUUCACCGAGGCGCCUCAGACAUUUGGCCUUCGAUAGGAGUUCACGAAGGCGCAGCUCGAGUUGGGCAAUGGAAGAUGGGAAUAUUAGAGCAAUUACAAGAUGGUGACAAAGGAAAAAGUCGAAGAAAAUUUGCCUCCUUUGUCUAAUUUCAAGUUACAAUAGUUGUAGCUAUCCGUUUUUUCUUUCAUGUAAGAGGAGGAAAAUAGGAUCAUAACAGAUGGAGAUCAUUGUUUUUUUCCUCCAUAAUUCCGUUGUAAGUAGAAGAUAUUCGGGAAAUUUUUUUUGCAGUUUCUUGCUAUUUGUGAUCUCUUUUGCCGCUGGGGAUUAAGCAGCUGUAGUUUUUGAGCUGGACUUUGUAAUAUUAGGAAGGUACAUGCUCUGUGAAUAAUAUAAGAUUCAUCAUUUAUAUUUAA